AUGCCAGGCACGCGAAUUCCGCUUUAUGCGAAAGAACAAAUAAUGAUGCUUCACAAGAAGGGCAAAAACGUUUCCGAGAUUAGCCGUGACUUGCACAUGUCAGAAUGUCCUGUGAGCAGGCAGUCGAUUUCAAAAUUCAUCAAGUGGUCGGGCGGAGACCUAAAAAUGCUGCUGCAAUUUAAAGGACAAACUUAUAAUCCCAAAAGGGUGCUAACGAUGGAACACUAUGAAUAUAUUGAUUGUGAAAUGGCUAAAAACUACAAACUAUGUGCCGUAGGUAAGAAAAUUUCUCUUGUUUUCUAAUGAAAUUGAGAACUGCAGCAACGAAUGUGAAUAUGUGGUUUAUUCUUGAUAUUACUUCAUUCUAACGAGCCUUGUGUGUAUUUACUGAACAUUACGUAAUGAUUGAUUAUUUAUUCUUUUAUUUUAGAUCUUUGCAAAAUGUUGCAGGGACAGUUUUUCCUCAACGUCUCCGAGGCAACCGUCAAGAGAGCCAGGAAAAAGCUGGGUUGGAUAAAAAGCGGGCCAAAAUACUGUCAGUUGGUCAGAGAAGAAGAACUGAGUAGCCAGGCUGACAUUCUGCCAAAAAGCCAAUAA